GGUUAGAUUUUUGUAUAAAUUUUUUGAGGUUAGAAAAAUUGUAAUCAAAAGAAAUGGAAGAAUUUGUUGUGGAAAAGGAUAAGAAUCCGGGAGAAGCUCAACAAAAUGCGAGUAUUGUUCUCGUCGAGCAAGAACUCCAGUCAAUUGACCUCACCAGUUCACAGGAUGAUGCAGUAAUUCCCACUGAUGCAGCUCAAGAGAGUGAUAUUCAGAUGGCAGAGGCGAUGGAGGAAGAAACUACUAAGGAGGCACCGGAUGAAGCUUCCGGCGGAUGUGACAUUGAUGCUGCUUAUUCAAAGGAAAACAACAUCCAGCAUCAUGUUUACCCGAAUGAUUCAUGCUUGAAGAUCAUUGAGGAAGUUAAGAACUACCCACUGCUGUAUGACAAGAAUCAUGAGCAUGCAAAGGACAUCGUACAAAAAUUACAAGCCUGGACGAAGGUUGCUGAGAAAUUGGGGAUGAAAAAAUCAGAAUGCAAAAAGAUAUUCCAUAGUACGUUCGUGAGAUUCUCCACCGUCUACACGGCAUUGCGUGAUCCUGGAAUGGAUAAGGAGGAAAAGGAGAAAAUCUUCAAGAAGAAAUUCAUCUACUACGACCACAUGCUCUUCUUCAGUCAGUACGUUGAUGUGGAACGUAUGAAGGCGGAUAUAGCAGCAAGGGUGCGUCAGAGUAAGAUGGAAAAGAAGAAGAAUCAAAAGAAGGCAGCUGCUGCUGAGAAACAAAAGGCUGCAAAGACUAAAUUGACUUCGCCGCAGCAGUCGAUGGUCUUUAAGAAGCAACGAUCUGAUGGUCCAGCACAGCAGCUGAGUGUAAACUUCUCCAGACCCGAGAACUUCUUAAGGAAUCCCUACUUGCAGAAUAAUACGUUCAACAAUAUGCUAAAUAGCAUGUCAAAUAUUCCCGGAAAUGGACCAUACGGGCCCCCUUUUUCCCAAGGACCACCCCAUGGAAACUAUUCUGGUCCACCUGGCACCAUGAGGCAACCCAUGGACAUGAUUCAGCGCAUGAACCCACCAAUGCCUCCACAGUCAGGUACAAAUCAACAGCAGAGAUCAUCGCAGAACAGCAAUGAUAACUUUAUGCCGGAUGACACGCACAUUGAUUUCUUCUUCAAGAGUGUUUCCCAGCAGGUGAAGAAGUCCAACAUUUCCGACAGGAAUUUCCUUGAUCUACAAUCCCGAAUUCUCGAUGCUCUAUCCUUUAAGCUGUAUGGAUUCAGAAGUAGACGGGAUUUGAUGAAUUUUUAAAUAAAAUAUUUGAAUUUGGCGCGCACUCGAAGUGGUGAAUUCGAAUGGGGAAAAGAGAGAAUGUGGGGAAAAAGAAUGGCGGCAAAAAUGACGUGGGUGGCGUAGUGAAACGCCGAAAACUUUGGUAAAGGAUUCUUUUCUUUUAAACUUUUAAACCCACAUCCCCUAUUGACGCCCCCGGAAGGAGAAAAUUACUCCUAAAGAACAUUCUACUUUUUCAUGGUCUCUUCUGAGCUAAAUACUAUUAUUAAUGAUCUAAAAAAAGGAUGGAACUUUCAUCUAAUAAAAAUAUCCUGUAUGUCUGAAAUAAAGGAAAUAAAAUCUUUUUGUGCUUUUUAAGCUUUUAAGGA